AUGGAUGCAGGUGGCUCAGGAUCGUAUUUCAUGGCAGAGCGGCUGGUGUUUUGCCGCAGAUGUCGCCAGGCUGCCAACGCUGGUCGAAGGAGCGCGCGAGGUGGACUUGCGUCGCUUCCUAAUCACACCGAAUACACAAGGUUUCACAUAAGGUCGGACAUGAAAAAUCUUGAACAGUUGCUGGCUGUCCCUAUCAGCGAACUGGUAACAUUCACCUCUCUGGCAAACGCAGCCACACUGCUCACGUGGACAAAAGAAGGGCGGUCCGCCCGUAAGUGGUCGGCGGGAGAUCGCGGGCGCAGAGCGUGCCGCCGCGCGCGUUUCCCCCACCACACGCACCCCCCUAUUCUCUGU